CUCCCCUCAGCAACCCGGAAGGAGUGAACACAGCAUAACCCGAGAGGAAUAGAAAAAGUUGGUGACGGAAGAACAGGAAACAUUCACAUCCAUCUCCCUUUUUUUUCAUUUUUCUCGGAAAUAACCAAUCAUCAGCCAUGUCACAAGAAGGAAAUGGUGAACCGCCGCAGGACCAGGCACAACAAGAGCAGUCACAGUCUUCACCCAGGGGCAUUGAUGCUCUGAAGGCACACGUUCUUGAGCAUAAGGUGGACACGGCGCUAUGGGCCACCCGAGCACUUACUCUUUUAUUCUGUAUAUCGUACCUCAUUCCUAUUUUUGGUAACCCAUACAGCAGUUACCAGAAAGUCCUUGUGAGCAAUGCAGCAACCUCCGCCCUCCGUUUGCACCAGAGGAUCCCGUCUGUGCAGCUCACACGGGAAUUCUUCCUCCAGUUGUUAAUGGAGGACUCGGCCCACUACCUGUUGUACUCAAUCAUCUUCAUGUACACAGCCUCAAUCACCAUGGUGCUGGCUCCAAUUUUCCUCUUUGCACUGCUGCAUUUUGCCAGCUAUACCCUGUCACUGCUUGAUGUGAUUGGACAGAACAAUGCCUUGGGAUCGAGAUUCCUCAUCUCCCUGGUCGAGUUCCAGCACAGAAAUAUCUUGCGAGCAGCUGCCUUUGUGGAAAUAUUCCUCAUGCCCUUGUGUGUGGUGUCACUUUUCCUUGGCAGAGUCAGCUUAAUCACUCCAUUCGUGUAUUACCGAUUCUUGCUCCUGAGAUACUCCUCGCGGCGGAACCCCUACACCCGCAACAUGUUCCAUGAGCUCCGCAUGACAGCGGAGUAUGCGGUGAACAAACCAGGCAUCCCAGCGUUCCUGCGAAAUGCCGUAAACAGAGCUAUUGUCUUCAUCUCUGGGUUUGCUCCGGCUGUUGUUGCUCAGUAGUGUUAUUCCUGAUUGCUAUUGUUAGAGACAAGUAGAUUUGUUUAAGUUGAACUGCAGGACAGGUCUUUUCAACCCUGGAUUUUUUGUAUCAAGGUUAGAAAAUGAAUGAGCAUAGGAAAAGAGAUAUUGAUAGUUAGGAAAUGUACCUUAUGAUUUAUUAACAUAAACUGGUGGAACCAUUCAAAUAACUGUACCAUAAUUAAAGAAAUUAAACAUGAAGUGGCAAGAAAUGAUGGAAUGCCUAGAGGUGUAGAUAAUGAUAGGCAAAGUAUGUGUUUAUCUCUUUCCUGUUUUAUGUGGUAGUUUUUUAUGGUGAAGUAAAUGAAAUGUUAUGUAAACAUGGUGUAAAAUAUAUGUACCCUAAAGUACUAAAUUUUUUGUCAUUGUGCUAAAGGUGUCUAAUCUGUAAGAAAUAACUUAACUGCUGUAUUCAAAAUAAAACACUAACAUUUUCAGUUUGCCUGAGAUACUGGAAAUAUUGUAUUUGAACAUAUCACAUUACCAGUUAUUCUUUUGAUUGAUACAAGGAGAGUUCUUGCUUGAGAAAUGUUCGUGCCUAUUUAUUUUUCCUUACCUGGUGUCUGCUAUUGGACAUUUCAUGUCAUGGUAGAGAACAUCACUCAUGGAAGGAGUGAAUAGCAGUGUUCAUUCUGAACUUGUAAAGCUUCUAGUUUUAUGGAGAACAUGUUUCAAUGAAUUUUGUUCAUAUCAUUAGGGCUCUUUUUCUCCUUAUAUUUCUUUCUCUCUGUCUCACUCUCUCUUUACCUCUUUCAUUCUUUCUCUCCCAGUUAUGCCUGAGAUUCAGGUUAUCAUGUAGAAUGGUUGUAAGUGUUUGUCAUAUGUGAAAGUUUUAUUUUAAAGCUUUUUGUUACUUUUCAAACUGAUGUAAGUUCUUUCCAUACAUAGAAUCUAUCACUUUGCAAUAUGUUACUAUUGAUGUUUUAAACCUAUAAGUAUUGUCACAAAAAGGAAAAUACUUCUUUAAAAGUAUGUACAGAAUGGUGGAUAGAGAGGCAGAUUUUAUUUCUAUACCUCUUGCAAGGUGCGUGAACUUUUGGGUGUUUUUAUUUCUAUACCUCAUGUAUGGUGCGCAGAUAUUUAAAAAAGUGGAACGCUGCUAGCAAUAUGGGACAUUAAUGUUGUGACCAAUAUGGUACAUGCCUUUAGUAACUUAAUAAAAUGAAGAGGGGGAAAUGUGUACUAAUUGGUUAGGAACUAUAUGGAAUUCAAUAUUUGUGUGUGAAUUUAGAAUACCACCUCUAUAGUAGUUGUAGUAUUUUAGUGGGGACUUAAUUCUAUCUUGAUAUAAAGCAAAAACUGUUGUAGAGAUAGUGAAAACCAUCACAGUCAUUUAUGUAUGAUUUGUAAAAAUGAGUAUGUAUUGCAUUUUCUUUAAUACUUUGAAGGUUGGAAUGUUUCUGAUGUAAUUAAAAGAAAAGAUGAAAGUUGGUAUUUAUUUUUUAUUAGCAAAAGCUCUAAAUAUAUAUAUAUAUUUUUGCCACAAAUUCUGAGGACAUUAAUGUAGUGAGUUUUCAUCAUUAUGAUGGUGUAAAAAGAGAAUCACAUGAUAUUGCAUCAACACACUACUAUCACCCCCUUCUCCUUUUCCCUUUCCCUCUCCUUCUCUGUUUCCUUUUCCGCCUCUCCUUUGUCUUCAGCCCAUUCUGUUUCUCCUGUCAUCUGUGAAUAUUUAGCCUUCACUCUCCUUUUGCUUUUUUCAAGCUGCCUCAAGGGUGCCUUGCUGGUCUUGUCCGAUAUACUGAACAACCUUAGUUUGGUCAGAUUGUGUAUGAAGCUGCAUCCACAAGAUUAGGCAUCCAUGAUGAGCAGGAGAAGUAGAGCUCAUCAUCAGGCAUUCUUGACAGGCAGACUGCUGGAAAAUUUGUGCUUUAUCCAGCAUGAAACCACCAAACAGUGGUUGUGCUACACUCCACUGCCUGUUGUAGUACUAGCUACUUCAAGUCAUGUCUGGCCACUCAUUAGUUUGCAUAUCUCGACAACAGGCAUGGGCAUACCGACAAAUUACCCAGUUGAUUGACACUGCUUACCUGGCAUACCUAAUCAUGAAGAUGCAACUUAAAUAAUCCUAUAUAGAGUUCUGAAUGUCAGUCCUUGCAAUACAAGCCUUUUGAUUAUAAAGGACCUUUAUUAUAAUAUUUAAGCAAAAUAUAAGUGGCCUACUUGGUCAUGUGCCAAGGUUACAAUUAUAAUUUAUAGAUAUAUGUAACUUUAUUUAUUAUUAUUAAUAUUAUUAUUAUUUUUUUUUGGCAAGCUAUUUUGAUGUGUUUCUCAUUUAUUUUAAAAGUAGUGUAGCCAUUGAUACAAUACACAUGAAAUGAUAACUAAUGUGGUAUGAAUUUCAUGAUGGUGCAAAAUAUACCCUUGCCAGUAUUAUCUUCAUAUCCUAUUUGGAAAAGGACUGGUAUUAGUACAAAUAAGUGGCUCCUAACACUAAUUGCUGAAAGUGUGACAAAGAGACCUAUUAAAUGCAAGCUACUCACUGUGUAUAAUUUUUGGAAAUGUCGAAAAAUAGGGGAAACCUUUGGGAAUUCCAGCUCUAAACAUAUAAAAGAAUCUUUCUUAAGACACUAAAAUCGUGAUUAGUAAGGCAUAGGUUAUAAGUUUGGGUUGAUAGCAUGUUUGUGGAGUAAGUGUUUUUUUUUUUUUAGCAAUAUUGAUAGUAAAUUGAUCUUAAGAUUUAGAUGUGAUGGGGAUUAACUUCCUUAAUACACACAUAGAUGUAUGUUUGUCAUGUUUGAUUUUUGUUGUAAACUAUAUACGGACUUUGAUUGAUUAUUUAUUUUUUAUUAUUAUCAUUUUAUAACUUUAGUGGUUUCAUCUUAUUGUCAAUGAAACCCUGCAUUUCUGUUAUUGUUAAUAUGUAUUUUCAACUGGCUAUGUUGCAUGAUUGGAAUUAGAGUUGCUGAAAAUUAGAAUAUGAGAUUUUCAUGGUAAUCAAAAACUAACUAAAUAAAAUUCAGAGAAAGGUCAUGUUCUAUGUUCCAUGUCCUGUAGAAGUGAAAUGCUGAAAAACAUUUUGGAUUUUGGCUGUUACAUAAGCCCAGGAGUUUGUACAGACCAGCAGUGCCUUGGAAGUUAUUCAAACCAUGGAGCUGAUUUCGUUAAUCUUUUUUUUCCACUCUCUCUCCUGGAAUUGCAAUUGGUUCUACUGCUCAGACAUUAACUCUUGAAUCCAGUGGAAGAAAAGAGAAGCAUGUUAUCUGUAUAUUUCAUUUUGUAAUUCUAGCACGCAGUAAAAUAAAUGGAUUUCAUUC